UGGAAGGUCCCCGGGUGGAUGUUUGCUGAGCAGGCAGGCUGAGUAGGCAGGGCUGGUGGGUCGGCCGGUGUUUCUGAUCCGUGUGUGUGAGUGUGUGCGUGUGCGUGUGUGUGUGUAUGCGUGUGCAUUGUUGUGAGGCGCACGGGCAGGACUGGCGUGUGCGGGAGCCCGGGAUCUCUGCUUCUUCUGCAAGGACUGAUCCAAGAUUAUGGUCAGGGUGAAGGGAGAAGGCUCUUGCUUACCCCCCGGAUUGAUUAUGCUCGGGUUUUGAUUGCAUUCGGGGUUCCUGCAGCCGCGGCCGCCUUCCCCUCUCCGGCGGCCCCCCUCCCUUGUUUUCCGUUAGAAACACGGGCAAGAAAAUAAAUGUAUUCACUGGGUGUCGCAAGAGCAAAGGCUAAAUAAUCGAAGGUAACAGCAGCAGCCAGGCGAAGAGACCCGCACCGUACCCUGCUCACCCAUUCCCAGACCUGCCCUCCUAUUUAUUGGCGAGACCUCCCUCCCUCCCUCUCGGUGCGAGUGCGUUGAGCGGCUGUUUGAUCCCGGGAAAAGUGCAGCUAUCCAGCCAUGGUGGUUUUCAAUGGCUUACUGAAAAUCAAGAUCUGCGAGGCGGUGAAUCUAAAGCCCACGGCAUGGUCUCUGAGGCAUGCGGUGGGUCCCAGGCCACAGACCUUUUUGCUGGACCCUUACAUCGCCCUCAAUGUGGACGACUCCAGGAUCGGGCAGACCUCGACCAAGCAAAAGACCAACAGUCCUGCUUGGAACGAUGAAUUUGUCACCGACGUUUGUAAUGGCAGGAAGAUAGAGAUGGCUGUUUUCCAUGAUGCCCCUAUCGGGUACGACGAUUUUGUGGCUAACUGCACUAUACAGUUUGAGGACUUGCUGCAGAACGGGAGCCGGCACUUCGAGGACUGGAUCGACUUGGAGCCAGAAGGGAGAGUGUAUGUCAUCAUAGACCUUUCAGGAUCAUCAGGUGAAGCACCCAAGGACAAUGAAGAGCGUGUGUUCCGGGAACGGAUGCGCCCCAGGAAGCGCCAGGGUGCCGUGCGGCGCAGGGUGCAUCAGGUUAAUGGACACAAGUUUAUGGCCACCUACCUUAGACAACCAACAUAUUGCUCUCACUGCAGAGACUUCAUAUGGGGUGUAAUAGGAAAACAGGGAUACCAAUGUCAAGUUUGUACUUGUGUAGUUCACAAGCGAUGUCAUGAACUUAUAAUAACGAAGUGUGCUGGCUUAAAAAAACAGGAAACUCACGAUGAGCAAGUGGGAUCCCAGCGUUUCAGUGUCAACAUGCCUCACAAGUUCAGUAUUCACAAUUACAAAGUGCCCACCUUCUGUGACCACUGUGGUUCAUUGCUCUGGGGUCUUUUGAGACAAGGUUUACAAUGCAAAGUUUGCAAGAUGAAUGUACAUCGACGCUGUGAAACAAAUGUGGCACCAAACUGUGGAGUGGAUGCUAGAGGCAUAGCUAAAGUUCUUGCAGAUCUUGGAGUCACUCCAGAUAAGAUCACUAAUAGUGGGCAGAGGAGGAAAAAGCUAAUUGCAGGUGCAGAGACUCAACCACCAGUUCCGGGAUGUGCGUCAUCAGAAGAAGAUAGGUCAAAAUCAGCACCAACAUCUCCAUGUGAUCAAGAAAUCAAAGAGCUGGAAAACAACAUUAGGAAAGCGUUAUCUUUUGACAAUCGGGGAGAGGAACACAGAGCGACAGCUACAACGUCAACAGACAACCAGCUUAACAAAUCUGGGGAGAAUGGUGAAAAUGGGGAGGUCAAACAGGCCCAGAGCAAGCGAAUAGGUCUUGAAGAAUUCAACUUCAUCAAAGUAUUAGGAAAAGGCAGUUUUGGCAAGGUAAUGUUAGCUGAGCUAAAAGGAAAAGAUGAAGUAUAUGCAGUGAAAGUCUUGAAGAAAGAUGUCAUACUUCAAGAUGAUGAUGUAGACUGUACAAUGACAGAAAAGAGAAUUCUGGCAUUAGCACGGAAACAUCCAUAUUUAACACAACUUUACUGCUGCUUCCAGACAAAGGACCGCCUCUUUUUCGUCAUGGAAUAUGUAAAUGGAGGAGACCUAAUGUUUCAAAUCCAACGCUCACGUAAAUUUGACGAACCUCGAUCCCGCUUCUAUGCUGCAGAGGUCACAUCAGCACUCAUGUUUCUUCACCAACAUGGCGUCAUCUACAGGGACCUGAAACUGGACAACAUUCUUCUGGAUGCAGAAGGCCACUGUAAACUGGCUGACUUUGGGAUGUGCAAAGAAGGGAUUCUGAAUGGAGUGACCACCACGACGUUUUGUGGCACACCUGACUAUAUAGCUCCAGAGAUCCUCCAGGAGCUAGAAUACGGUCCAUCCGUGGACUGGUGGGCUCUGGGUGUUCUCAUGUACGAAAUGAUGGCUGGACAACCCCCCUUUGAAGCUGACAAUGAGGAUGAUCUCUUUGAAUCCAUUCUUCAUGAUGAUGUAUUGUAUCCAGUCUGGCUCAGUAAAGAAGCUGUCAGCAUUUUAAAAGCAUUCAUGACAAAAAAUCCCAACAAGCGACUUGGCUGUGUGGCAUCACAAAAUGGGGAAGAUGCAAUUAAGCAGCAUCCAUUUUUCAAGGAAAUUGACUGGGUUCUUCUAGAACAAAGGAAAAUCAAGCCGCCCUUCAAACCUCGGAUUAAAACCAAAAGGGAUGUAAAUAACUUUGAUCAAGACUUUACACGAGAAGAACCAGUAUUAACACUAGUGGAUGAGACAAUUAUAAAACAAAUCAAUCAAGAAGAAUUUAAAGGGUUCUCUUAUUUUGGAGAAGAGCUACUGCCAUAGACAACGUUAGGCUGACGGAUGAAUGAUGCUACAAGAAGUAAUGCUGAAGAGAUCAUCAAAUUACUGAGACUCAGUAGAUGGAGAACUACUUCUUUUACCCUGAGCCCAUAUCCCAAGUUAAAGUAUAUAUUUAUUGUAUUUUUCCUUUAAUUUUCUGACCUGAAAGCACUCUUAAGUUCUGUCUCACAAAGCAAUGCAAAAUAAUUUUGUAUCAGAAAUUGUGGAUGUAACACACUGCCAUAUAUUUGCAACUUUUCUUUUAUUCCUAAGAAUAGGAAUUUCCAGAGGACAAAAUUGCAUCUUUUCCAUAAAAAAUGAAUCUAUGCUAUUGAAAGCAAUUUAGCAGAUCACAUUCUGUAAUCAUCAUAUAUAAUUAAGCUAAGAAGGUGAGAACUGUUUCUUCUGUAGUGGUAGUUAUGGUGAGAUCUGUACUUAGAUGCCCUUUGUAAAGCAAAGUCUGCCUUCAUGGAGGUGUAAUCCUCAAUUAUUAAUUUAUUGUGGAGAGGUACAAACUAUGAAGUUAUCGUCAGACAACUUUCUUCCAGAAAAAGAAGCACAUCAAUUAAAGCUUUCAGUGAAUUUCCUCGUACAAUAUACAGGAAACUCUUAGGAAUAAGAGACAAAAAGCUAACUGAAAUUUUAUUUAAAGCAAGAAACAGAUGCUACAUGGAUAGAUAUUAAAGGGCUAAAGAAUAAAAAGCCUACAGUAUUUUAAUUCAGCUAUACAUAGCCAUUUUACUAUUUUUUAGACAAUUUGGUGUACUAUCCAUGUUACCAAAUUAAAUAACCUUUUAAAUGAACCAAUAAUGUGACGGCAAGCUUGCAAAUGUUUACAGUUAAUUUUUCAUAAAAAAUUAAUUAUAAACAUUAUAAAUUUGCAUUUUCCAUAGUAGCUAAGUUGGUAAAUAAUUUCUUAUUUAUAUUUAUUUUCUCAGCAGUGUGUUGCUUUUGCACACUUAUACAAAACCAUAGUACUACUGUGUAUGUUGGGUUUUAUGUUUAAAGUCUAAAGAGAAAUCUGCUUUUAGAAGACACAAAAUAAGGCUACAUGUGCAUUAUGUGGAGAUGUGUUAAAAAACUGAAGAUCAAACAUUCACAAACUGACAUUAUUAAAAGUUGUAAAUUGAUAUUUUUUUGUGUAUGAAUUGAAAUGGUAACUCAUGUGGACAAUAUUACUAAUGUGAAGUUACCUCCUGUAGAUAUGCUAACAGUGUUAUGUACUUAUAUUUCCAGGGAUACCCUGUGAUUUGGUUUUGGUUUUGAUUUUUUUAAUUUUUUUUAAUAUUUUUGUUUGUUUGUUUGGGUUUUGAUUUGGU